AUGGACAACGAGAUCGAUGUUCCUUCAUUCUUUGUCUGCCCCAUUUCCUUAGAAAUCAUGAAGGAUCCAGUGACGGUUUCCACGGGCAUCACCUACGACCGUGAAAGCAUCGAAACCUGGUUGUUCUCUAAGAGAAACACCACAUGCCCCGUCACCAAACAACCCUUGUUAGAUUACACCGAACUCACCCCUAACCACACCCUUCGGAGACUCAUCCAAGCGUGGUGUACCAUGAACGCUUCUUACGGCAUCGAAAGGAUCCCAACUCCAAAACCUCCUGUUAACAAGACUCAGAUUUCGAAGCUUCUUAAAGACGCUCCUCACUCCCCUCUAAUUUGCCUCCGAAGACUCAAAUCCAUCGCUUCGGGAAGCGAGACAAAUAAGCGAUGCAUGGAAGCUGCAGGUGCUGUUGAGUUCCUAGCAUCGAUUGUGAUGAACAACAAUAGCAAAAACGAUUCUUCAAUUGGAACUGAUCCCAAUGAUGGAUCUGGAUUCGAGUUGAAAACAAAUCCAAGCGAUGAAGCUUUGAGUUUGCUUCACAAUCUUCAUUUAUCUGAACAAGGGUUGAAGACUCUUCUAAGCUUCAGAAACGGAGAGUUUAUCGAGUCUUUGACAAGAGUCAUGCAGAAGGGGUUCUUUGAAUCACGUGCUUAUGCAGUUUUCUUGUUGAAAUCUAUGUCUGAAGUCGCUGAUCCAGUGCAAUUGUUGCAUCUAAGUCAGGAACUUUUCGUGGAAUUAGUGCAAGUAUUGAAGGAUCAGAUUUCAACAAUGACAUCAAAAGCGAUCCUUCAAACCUUAAUCCAAUUCUCUCCUUGGGGGAGGAACAGGAUCAAGGCAGUGGAAGCAGGAACCGUUCCUGUUCUUAUAGAGCUUCUUCUGGAUUGCAAUGAUAGAAAGCCUUGUGAGAUGAUGCUGGUGCUGUUGGAGAUACUGUGCCAGUGUGCUGAGGGAAGAGCAGAACUAUUGAGUCAUGGAGCAGGUCUUGCCAUUGUUUCAAAGAAGAUUCUAAGAGUUUCGACAUUGGCGAAUGAUAGGGCUGUUAGGAUUCUUCUGUGUAUUUCCAAGUUUUCUGCGACUCCACAUGUUGUUCAAGAAAUGCUGAAACUUGGUGUGGCGGCGAAACUGUGCUUGGUGCUUCAGGUGGAUAGUGGAAACAAGGCCAAGGAAAAGGCAAGAGAGAUACUCAAAUUGCAUGGUCGGGCGUGGAAGAAUUCUCCAUGCAUACCGAACAAAUUGCUUUCUUCACACCCUUAUGCGUGA